AUGUCCAAUGAAACUUCAGAGUCUGGCUUUCUGCUCUUGGAAUUCUCAGAAGUUCGACAACAGCAGAUGCUAUAUUUCAUUGCCUUCCUGAUGUUGUACAUGGUGAUUCUGUCAGAGAACCUCCUUAUAAUCUCUGCAAUUGCUACUGACCACCACCUUCAUACCCCCAUGUAUUUCUUUUUGAUGAACUUGGCCAUGCAAGAUGUAGGGUCUGUUUCAGUUAUUAUCCCCAUAUCUUUGUUCAAUUCCCUGAUGAAUACCAGGCAUAUUUCUUAUUCUGGAUGUGUUGCUCAAGUUUUCAUGUUUAUUUUCUUUUUAGGAUCUGAUUUUGCUCUUCUCAUAGUCAUGGCUUAUGAUCGCUACAUUGCUAUUUGCAACCCAUUACAUUAUGAAAUGGUGAUGAACAAGCCAGCUUGCAUCCAAAUGAUUGCUAGUGUAUGGAUCUCUGGUCUUCUUUAUGGAGCAUUGCAUACCAGUAGUACCUUUGCAGCUCCUUUCUGCUCUAAUGUUGUCAACCAGUUCUUCUGUGAAAUCCCACAGUUGCUUAAGCUCACUUGCUCUGAUUUAUACCUAGUUGAAUUGGGGGUUUUGGUACUUAGUACUCUACUUGGGUUGGGGUGUUUUAUCUUCAUCAUUGUAACUUAUGUGCACAUAUUCACUGCAGUUCUGAGAAUCCCUACAGUGCAGGGAAAACAAAAGGCCUUCUCAACUUGUCUUCCCCACCUCACCGUCUUCUCCACAUAUGUAUUUACUGGCUACUUUGCCUACCUGAGGCAGCCUUCUAACACGCCUUCAUAUUCUGAUUUGGCAUUUACAAUGAUAUAUUCAAUGGUUCCACCCUUGUUAAAUCCAGUGAUUUACAGCAUGAGAAAUAAGGAGAUGAAAAAUGCUCUGCAAAGGCUUUUCUAUUUAAGGGGCUUCUUCUAA